GGGUUUAGCUCAGCUCAGCUCAUAAAAAAUCUGAAAUAUUUACACACAUAAAAAGUGACUCUUUUUUUGUUACUUGUCUGUCAUCUUUGUCUGUACAAAUCAGAGAAUGGAUCCAAGUGUUGAAGUAGACGCUCGACCAAACUCAAACUGAACACAAACCACCUUUCUUUCUUUCCUUCUCUUUUCACCACACCCAUUAUUCCCCCACCCCCCAAACAAUUUAUUACAACUACAUUUAGUGCUUACCAGCAAUCGUAUGUUUUGUUGUUUUGUUUCAUUAAUGAAAAUUAUGGAUUCAGUAGUUGUUGAUAGGGUCACCUAAUCCAGUAACCCACUGCAUAAAACUCAAUUCUCGCGAUGGCCCAUUUGGAUUUAGAAUGCGGUGGUGGAGUGAGGGAUGAGCAAGAGGAAGAGGAGGGGAGUGUUUGUUUUUCGGAGGCUUCUUGUUACUCUCAGUUUUAUUCUGCUGAUGGUUCAAGUGAUGACUCUAGUUCUGAUCAUGAAAUCUGUCAGGUUUUGGAUUCUAGGAGAGUUUCGUGUUCUGUAGUUGAACCAGACUACUGUCGGGUUGAUGACAGCAACAACGGGGUUGUUCAAGUGAACGUGCAAUCGGAGAGGGAUUGUAGAAUUUGCCAACUCAGUGUUGAGAUGGAUGCUGCUCACCAGGAGAAUGGCAUUGCCAUUGAAUUAGGUUGUUCGUGCAAGGAUGAUCUGGCUGCUGCUCAUAAGCAUUGUGCCGAGGCCUGGUUCAAGAUCAAGGGGAACAAGAUAUGUGAAAUAUGCAAUUCAGUCGCACGAAAUGUUGUUGGCCCAAAUGACACAGAAGUAGCACAACAGGGAAAUGAGGCAAACGCGAUGCCAGCAACAGCAGCCUCAGCAACAGCAGCAUUUUCAUCAUCAACCACUGGAACACGAAAAUGCUUAAAUGGUCACCGCUUCCUCAAUUUCCUUCUGGCUUGUAUGGUGUUCGCAUUUGCCAUAUCUUGGCUUUUCCACUUCAACAUACCCUCAUGAAUUCCCACUCAGAAGUUGGUCUUUUAAGUUCAUCAGCAAUCAGCAACAGCAUAAGUUUAGGGAGAAAUGGGUUGAACGUGCUGCCAAAUUUUGGAGGCACAGCCUUCCAGUUCCACUACUAUAAGUAACUUUAUUUUUACAAUCAUAUUCAAGUUUCUCAUCUGUAAGGGCCUUGCUCAAGUAAACAAGUGAAUAAUAAAUCAUAAGUAUCUUAUUAUGAUUUAUAAAUGAUUAAAAUAUUUUGAUGCGAUUUUUAAA